ACUAUAGAGGAACUCUGGAGCUCUGUCAGAGUGCCCAUCGGGUUCUUGGUCACCUCCCUGACCAAUGCCCUUCUCCCCCGAUUGCUCAGUUUGGCUGGGCUGCCAGCUCUAGGAAUAGUCUUGGUGGUUCCAAACUACUUCCACUUAAGAAUGAUUCGGGCCACUGUCCUUGGGGCCCUUCAAAGCUGUAGAAAUGUUUUGGUCCCUUCUCCCGAUCUGUGCCUUGACACAAUCAUGUCUUGGAGCUUUACGGACAAUUCCUUCGACGUCAUGGCUUGGUUUUUGCUCUGACAUGCACUGUCAACUGUGGGGCUGUUGGAAAUUCUUACACAGGGACACUCAGUCAAUCUAAAUGAAUCUUUUAUUUGUCAGCUCGCUGGAGAGCUUCCAACCAACUCAAUGCACCAUAGUACACAUCUCAAUCACGAUCUCUGCUUAUGCAGUUGUCUUAUAUACGGUAUUCACAGACAAGUUAUAUUUGCAUGAUUUAGCAUAAUCAAUUAAUCAUUACCGUUUUGUUUCAUUCAUGUGACUGACCAAUACCUCAAGGCUUCUUCUCGCUAAGCUGAGACCUUGAAAUUGAGAUCUCUUUCAUUCUCAAAACAAGGUCUGGGCCUACUGCAAAAUUUAAGCCACUGAUAGUGAGGAUUCAUUCAGUCAGCCACUUGCAUGAACACAGAAAUGGAUUUAUUGAAUAGAACACAGAAAUUUGUUAUAAGAAAAGCACAAACAUUAAAAUGUCCAUUACAGGAACUUUUUAUAUAGAUGUGUGUGCCUUUCCAAAUCAUGUCCAGUCAAUUGAAUUUAUCACAGGUGGAUUCCAAUCAAGUUGUAGAAACAUCUCAAGGAUGAUCAAUGGAAACAGGAUGCACUUGAGCUCAAUUUUGAGUCUCAUAGCAAAGGGUCUGAAUACUUAUGUAAAUAAGGGAUUUAUGUUUUUUAUGUUUAAUAAAUUUGCUAAAAUUAUAUUUAAAAAGUUUUUCUUCGUCAUUAUGGGGUACUGUGUGUAGAUUAAUGAGCAAAUGUAGGAAAAGUCAAGGCGUCUGAAUGCUUUCUGAAUGCACCGUAUAUGAAUGACGCGCUUGCUUUUUCUUACCUAACAUAGAUUUAUGGGAAAUUUAAUUAUGGACAUGUUUAUAUUCAUAUUUCUUACAAAACAGUAAGUAAACCUAAACUGUUAAGAAUGUUUGCUCUUGAUUGUUUUAUGAUGGCUUAAACUGUACAAUUCAUCGCUUCUGCCCAAGUAUCCUCCUAACAAUUUGUCAGCCACAAUUAGAAUUUAAAGGCAGCACUUAUGCCUGCCCUGCAGAAAUAGAGAGAUUUGAGCAUGAAAGCUUCAGUAGAAGAAUCCAUGCAAAGAAGGAAAAAAACAAAAAUGUGCCUGUGCAGUCCAAGGGGUGUGGUUUAGGCUUUCUCGGAACUCAACAGGAAGUAGAGCUCUUUGCGCAAUAGAGUAACCAUGAGAAUAACUGCAGUAAGGAAUUCUGGAGUGAGCAGUGUGUUCUAUUAAUUCUCUUUACUGAGUGUUGCACAGGAUCUGAGCUCAAUGGCUGUGUUUCUUCUUUUGGCUGGAGUGGUAGUGAUGGGCUAUAUGAUUUUUCAUAAUAUCUUUGUCAAAGGGGCAGUAUGCAAGAGCAAUGUGAAACUGCAUGGGAAAACUGUAAUUGUAACAGGUGAGCCUGUUUUUGUCUGCUUUCUGUGUUUCCCCUCAUUGACACAGAAGGAAAGUUUAUGGCACUGUUAUGUAAUAAUGUUGAGUAGGUUUAAUGUUCUUUGCCUACACAUAAUUUAAUAUAUAUAGCGUUCUUAAAUUCAUAUAACUUUGUUUAUUAUUUCAUCGUUUUUUAAAAAGUUUUCCCUGGUUAUAAAACUCAACAAAUCACUCUUUCUGCAGCAAGCUGUAGGGGAGACUGGGGGCAAUUGUAACACCUCAAAUUUCUCCAAACAGAAACAAACGAGUGAUGAAACUCUCUCAGUAAAUACCCAUUUAGGUUCUCUCCCUGCUUGAAGAGUUUCAGGCAAAUAUCUCACUAUUUGUUAGGGGUAAAGUGUUUUUUUUCCCCACCAACUGUAUUUUUCUUAUACUGCCCUGAGCGCUAAUGUUUAAGUAUUCAAACUAGCAUAGUGAUGAAAAUGAUCUGUUAGAUAAAUAUCGACAUGAUUGACGUGUCACAAAUGUUGUCUCUUGCUAGGCACAUGAGGUGUUGUGUCAUGGUUGGGGGCAAUUGUAACUCAGUGUUAAAAUGAACAUGAUCCAAAUGAUGGAGAAAAAAAAAGUGAGUUAACUUUAGGAUUUUUUUUUUAUUAUUCAAAACUAACAUUAAAUAUCUUUGGCGUCCUGUAGAGUGGUAAAUUUGUUGUAAACAUUUGGGCACAAUCAGACUAUUCAGAUGUUAUGAGAGGAACCGACUGGCCAUCUACAAAUAGGGGUGUUAGUGAAGUAACACAGGCAUAGGGAAGAUGACAGCACUAGAUCUGGCCAGGAGAGGUGCCAGGGUCAUCCUGGCAUGCCGCAACAAACAGAGAGCGGAGGCCGCGCUCGCUGACAUCAAGAGGGAGAGUGGGAGCAAUGAGGUGGUGUUCAUGCAUCUGGAUCUGGGCAGUCUGAAGUCUGUUCGCUCCUUUGCUGAAACCUUCCUAAAGACUGAGCGCAGAUUGGACCUGCUCAUCAACAAUGCAGGUAUUUACAUGCAGGGCAGCACAGAAGACGGCUUGGGGAUGAUGUUUGGUGUCAACUACAUCGGUCACUUCCUGUUGACCAAUCUGCUUCUGGACCGUCUGAAGGAGUGCGGUCCGAGUCGAGUGGUCAACGUGGCGUCCUUGGGCCAUAAUUUUGGCAAAAUUGAUUUCAACUGCUUGAGCACUCACAAGGAGUUAGGUGUUGGCAAGUCUGCCAUGGAUGUCUUUAACAUCUAUUGCAACAGCAAGCUGUGUAAUGUUGUCUUCACCCAUGAGCUGGCCAAGAGACUAAAGGACACAAACGUUACCUGCUACAGCCUCCACCCUGGUAUAAUUGAAACUGAGCUGGGCCGUUACGCCAACUCUGUAUUUUUAAUGCUGUUGAAGCCCAUCUCCAUGUUGUUCUUCAAGAACUCUGUGGCGGGGUCUCAGACCACCCUGCACUGUGCCCUGCAGGAGGGCCUGGAGCCCCUCUCUGGAUGCUACUUCUCUAACUGUACAGUCAGGAACCUCUAUCCUAAGGCCAGAGAUGACGCGGUGGCCAAGAAGCUAUGGGAAGUCAGUGAGAGUCUGUGUGGACUCCUGUGAAAGCCUCCCCCUGUGACUGAAGCUCUCCUCAGUGUGCAAGAUGAUUUUUGACAUUUGAGUGGACUUUCCCUUUAAAUCAAUCAACAGUGUCAAAGAAAUUCUAAAAGUGCUUACUCUGUGUGAUUAGUAUAUAGGACUGAUCUUGUGCAUUAACUUCUAAGUUCUUACCAUAGGUUACUUAGGGUGUUCCACUCUGCCCUAGUGAUAUAUCUGGAACAUAAUUAAACGACCCACCCAAAACUGUGCAUGUUGGAAUCAAUUCAAUCAUGAAGUGGCAAACAGGAUGAAGAAGCAUGGGCCUACUGGGCAAUUCAAGACUUAUGGAAAUAAAGUAUGUGUUCCUCAA